AUGCCCAAAGAACAUAGUAGGAUCCAUCCUUUUCAACGUAGAACGUCUCAGAAGAUUGUGACUUACCAAAACUCACAAGAAAUUGGUGAUGAUGAUGAUGAUGGACUUCCCAAACAUUUACCUGAGCCGCUACUAAAGAGAAAGGCUGAGGAACUCCUUGCUAUCAGGAAGACCCUUCCUGUGUAUCAAAAUAGGCAUGAUAUUAUGGAAUAUAUGAAUAACAAUGUGGUUACCGUUUUGAUUGGUGAAACCGGUUCUGGUAAAUCUACACAAAUUCCUCAACUAUUACUGGAAGAAUGGGGUAUUCAAGGCAGAGAUGUUAGUAUUGCUGUGACACAGCCGCGUAGAGUCGCAGCUAUCAGUUUGGCUACCAGAGUAUCCCAAGAAUACGGUUGUAAUGUUGGUACGAAAGUAGGGUACUCUGUUCGGUUUGAUAAUCGCUCUCACGCUUCGCAGACUAAACUAAAGUAUUUGACAGAUGGUAUGCUGCUGCGAGAAUUGAUGCAAGAUAAUAAUUUGAAGCAGUAUUCGAUUGUCAUAAUUGAUGAGGCACACGAAAGAACCAUUUUAACAGAUCUUAUUCUUGGAUUUUUAAAACAGUUGCUGCAUACCACUCGGCCUGACCUCAAAAUCAUUGUCAUGUCUGCUACUUUACAAGCAGAAAAGUUUAGUCAGUUUUUCGACAAUGCCCCUAUAUUAUUUGUUGAAGGACGUAAAUUCCCCGUAGAGAUAUAUUACCUUUCUCAUCCUUGCGAUGAUAUUGUUGAUGCUAUUAUCCGUUGUUGCGUUCAGCUAAAUAGUGGAGAGCAAUUGGGCGAUAUUCUGUGCUUCCUGCCAGGCCAAGAAGAAAUUGAUAAAGCUCUGGGGAUUUUAAACAAGAUAAGCGAACAUAUAGAUAGUAAUAUUCCACGUAUCACAGCAUUGCCGCUUUAUGCUGCAUUACCACCAGUCGAGCAGGCGAAAGUUUUUCAGCCUCUGAAGGGUUUUAAGAGAAAGGUCAUAUUGGCAACUAACAUUGCAGAAACCUCUGUCACCAUUAGUGGCGUCAAAUAUGUCAUCGAUAGUGGUCUGCGUAAAUGUAAAGUUUGGAGACACCAGUUAGGUCUGGCUACCUUGCUUACCGUUCCCAUAUCCAAGGCAAGCGCCUGGCAACGAACUGGGCGUGCUGGUAGAGAAAGCUCUGGUAAAUGUUUUCGGUUAUAUACGGAAGAAGAUUAUAAUAAGUUACUAAACCAAGGCGAACCAGAGGUUGCGAGAUGUGAUAUAACCGCUCCAUUACUAAUGUUAAAACAAUUGGGUAUUCGCGACCUUCUGAAUUGGUUUUGGUUGGAGUAUCCAGGAAAAGAUUCCAUUGUACAAGGUUUGCAAGAACUUUACAUGCUUGGUGCUCUCGAUGAUAGUGGAAUGAUUACUGAGAACGGUUAUAAAAUGGCAUUACUUCCUCUAGCACCGCAUCUUAGUAGAGUUUUACUUGAAGCUCACAAAAGCGAUUGCCUAUCUAGUGUCCUAGAUAUUGUUUCUUGUUUAUCAGUGGAGAAUUUGGUUAUGAAUCCACCCCCUGAAUCUAGAGACGACGUCAAUGCACGAAGAAUGGCCCAAUGCCCGUUGGGGGUUCAUUAUGGGGAUUUAGUCAUGCUCAAGGAGUUAUAUACCCAAUAUCUUUCCUUAAGUUCCUCAAAAGAACGCCAAACAUGGUGUGCACAACUGUGCAUAUCCAGUCGGGGUUUCCGAAGUGUUGUUAAAGUCAGAGAGCAGUUGCAACGAUACGUAAAAUCUUUAUUACGUUGGAAUACAGUCUCGGCUAGUGAUUUUGAUGAAUCAUCUAAUAGAAUUAACGAAAAAUCAGUGAUAAAGGCUAUUUUAAAAUGUUUUCUAGCUGGGUUCGUUAAGAAUACCGCUAUUGGUAUGCCCGAUCGUUCAUAUAGAACAACCAAUCACGGGGAACUCAUUAGUAUUCAUCCUUCUUCACUAUUGUGUUCUGCUACAUUUUCCAAUGACAGCAUAAGAUGUCCAGCAAUACUAUAUACUGAGUAUGUCUUCACUACAAAAGGCUAUGCAAGAUGUGUUAGCCGUCUAGAGUUAGAGUGGUUACAAGAUUUACGCCCCACAGCAUUAAACAAGCAAGCUGUCUAA